GAGACUGCUAGUAGCAAAAGACGAACCACCGGAGAUGUGGGGCCUUGAGUAACGGAGCGAGGCGGCGCUUUAUCCGGACCACGCGGGCCCGAGAAUGCUGACGUAAAGUGGCAGACGUCACAACUGGGAGAAGCGCGGGGUUGAUACACACUAAAGAAGACGAGAUGGCAUUCUCAAAUCUACUUCAUUCUAUCAGAAGCAAACAUUCAUGUGCAGUUGCUUUUUCGUAGCUCAGCUCAUUUAAACUACCUUAGUGUAACGGAAGAGCGAACCGAAAACUGGGCAAAAUGUCUAAACCUGGACAGUUCCGAGCCGACCUCCCUGAGCUCGCGAGACAUCUUCUCACAAAUGGCCCUCACAAGACUCAACCUACCGCCCGCAGAGUCCGAGUCAUCUUAAACAGUACAUGCGUCGUCGAUACCACCAAAGCAGUCCAUGUUUGGGAACACGUUGCAUAUCCGCAGUACUAUGUACCCGUAACUGAACUACGGAACUGCCGUUGGAAAGACAAGCAAGACAUCCAGUCCACGGUCGAUGCAUCCCAAGCCGCGGCGGCAGUCGUUGAAGUGACCGUUCCUGGGCGGGACGGUGAAAACGACUUUACCACCGAUCGGGCGUUGAGAUUUUCCGACAAUGGAGAGAUCAGCGGUGCCCUAAAGGGUCUGAUAAGGCUUGAGUUCGGCAGUAUGGACCAGUGGCUCGAGGAGGAGACGCCCAUCUACGUCCACCCCAAGGAUCCCUACAAGCGCAUUGAUAUUCUCCCUUCGUCGCGGCCUGUAGAGAUCAAGGUCGCCGGAAAGACCGUGGCCAAGACCAACUUUGCCGUUCAUUUGCUGGAAACUGGGCUGCCUACGCGAUACUACCUGCCCUUAGCGUCGGUUGAUCAGUCAGCUUUGCGAAAAAGCAAGCUCAUCACCAAGUGCCCUUACAAGGGCGAUGCUGAGUAUUACAGUGUUGUGGUGGAUGGCAAAGAGCACAGCGACUUGAUCUGGUAUUACAGGCUUCCCACACAGGAGAGCGCGGGGAUCGCUGGUCUGCUGUGCUUUUACAAUGAGAAAGUCGACAUUAUUCUGGAUGGUGAAUUUCUGGAGCGGCCAAAGACGUUCUUUUCCUAA